UCUCAAGCCAACCGAACAACCACGAAUCCUCCAGAUACUUCACUUUUUCUUCAGCUCUCUACAGCUUUCUUCUCUAUCUCUUCAAAAACUCCAAUUCAUACCAAUAUAACCCAAAUCAAAAAUCAAGAAAGUAUCAGAAACAAAACCCAAAAGAACAAAGCAAUGUUUUUCUUCUUCGUAGGAGGGCUAGAGCAACAGGCGAGACAAGUAUUGAAGAGCGGCGUUGGUCGGUGCAUAGCGUGCGGAUCACGCGCCGACCUAGUCGACUAUGACAAGGUUUUGAAGCUCUUCUUUGUUCCUGUGUGGCGAUGGCCGGGAAAAGAGCCGGUGAUGUACUGUAACGACUGCAAACUUUUCUUCCCUCAAUCACUAACUCCACCGCCGUCGUCCUCGGCGGACGUGCCGGAUGUUCUUAGGUGUCAGUUUUGUCGCCGGGAAGUGGAUGCGGAUUUCCGAUUCUGCCCUUUCUGUGGUAAUGCACUCUGAGUUCUGAUAUGUAAAUGGAUGUUUGUAAUUAUGUUAUGUUCUUCUUGUAAUAAGUGUGACUUUGAGGAAUAAAUUUGAGGUUUUUUUGUCUUGUUCUGUUUUGAAAAUGUAUUAUAUGUGUAAUUACGAAAGUUAGAGA